AUUCCCUUUCUCUCAGUCCUUAACCUUUCAGUGCUGAGUGUUACAGCUCUGGUUACACAGCAGAGGCAGCAGAGCCUGUGUGCACUGGGGAGGUGCUGUCUCCCCCCUUCCCUAUAAUUAAUCAGCUAGAAAGCCCCCAUGGUUUCCUUUCCCUGCUUGGCAGAGUUAAAAGUGAUGCUGUGAAGCGGAGCCCCAGUUAGAAUCAAGUAGAAAUGCAGUUGGAGGAGGUGUAUAACAGAUUCUGUGGGGGAAACUGUGACAGCGGCAGCAAAAAGAGGCGCUGACCAGCGUACCGGUGAUUGAGCCUCUCUCCCUGCCAGUGCCACCACUUCCAGUCGCCCGGAUUUACGUUUAGCAGCUACUUUUCAAUGCCAUCACUGCAAGAAAUGUUGAAUAUCCUAUGAGACUUAGAAAUGGAACAGAGACAAGAUUGAUGCUGAAGAGCUAAGCCACUUUGUGAAUUAAAAGCAGACUGCAAACUCCUAUGUUUUCACCUCACGCCUGUCUUACUGCACCAUGAGAACUUUUAGAUGCUUGAUAUUGCUAACACUGUGGGCUAGCCAACUGCAAAACAGCCACACAACCCCAUUGCCUGAAAGGACUAGUCCUAGCACCCAACCAACAGCUGAGAAAGAACAACUUAAAGAGGAUAAUGAAAUGGAACGGAGCCGUUCAAAAAGGAGCUGGAUGUGGAAUCAGUUUUUUCUUCUUGAGGAGUAUACUGGAUCUGACUACCAAUAUGUGGGCAAGCUUCACUCAGACCAGGACAAAGGUGAUGGAUCACUAAAAUAUAUUCUCUCUGGCGAUGGAGCAGGAGACUUGUUUGUUAUCAAUGAGAAUACUGGAGACAUUCAGGCUACAAAACGACUUGAUAGGGAAGAAAAGCCAGUAUAUAUAUUACGUGCACAAGCUGUGAACAGAAUAACCGGAAUCCCAGUUGAACCUAAAUCUGAGUUUGUGAUUAAAAUUCACGAUAUCAAUGAUAAUGAACCAAAAUUCACUCAAGAUCUUUACACUGCAACUGUUCCUGAAAUGUCAGAAGUGGGGGCGUUUGUUGUUCAGGUUACAGCAAAUGACGCUGAUGAUCCAACUUACGGAAACAGUGCUAGAGUUGUCUACAGUAUUCUGCAGGGACAACCAUACUUUUCUGUUGAGUCUGAGACAGGUAUCAUUAAGACAGCAUUGCCAAACAUGGACAGAGAGAACAGAGAACAAUAUAAAGUUGUUAUACAGGCCAAAGAUAUGGGGGGGCAAUUGGGUGGACUCUCUGGUACCACAGUUGUGAAUAUUGCCUUGUCGGAUGUCAAUGACAACCCACCUCGCUUCCUCCAGAGUACCUAUCAGUUGCGAGCACUGGAGUCUUCCCCUGUGGGUUCUUCCAUUGGCAAAAUCAAAGCUAAUGAUACAGAUGAGGGUGAAAAUGCUGAGACAGAAUACCACAUCAGUGAAGGAGAUGAAUCAAACAUGUUUGAUAUUAUUACAGACAGGGAUACACAGGAAGGGGUCAUCACUGUAAAAAAGCCACUGGACUUUGAAAAAAAGAAACUUUACACUUUAACGGUUGAAGCUGUCAAUAGUCAUAUCAACCCACGAUUUCUGGACUUGGGACCUUUCAAAGAUUAUGCUACAAUUCGGAUUACUGUAGAUGAUGUGGAUGAGCCACCUGUUUUCAAUAAACCAGCCUAUGAAUUUGAAGUGAAGGAGGAUGCCAAAAUGAGCACCAUUAUAGGAACAGUUUUGGCCCAGGAUCCUGAUGCAAUUAGAAGCCCUGUGAAGUAUUCGUUGGAUCGUCACACUGACAUGGAUAGAAUUUUCGAUAUUGAUUCUGGGAAUGGAUCAAUUUAUAUAUCAAAGUCUUUAGAUCGGGAAACAGUGUUAUGGCAUAACAUUACUGUAAUAGCAACAGAGAUCAGCAAUCCUAAACAAAUCACCCGCGUUCCUGUGUUCGUUAAAGUUUUGGACAUAAAUGACAAUGCACCUGAAUUAGCCAUGUUGUAUGAGAUAUUUGUAUGUGAAAAUGCAAAGUCAGAACAGGUAAUACACACUAUAAGUGCCAUCGAUAAAGAUGAUUCUUUCAACGGACUCCAGUUUUCAUUUGCCUUAGCUACACCAGCAGCCAGCAGCCCUAACUUCACAAUCAAAGACAACAGAGAUAACACAGCUAGUAUAUUAACUCGAAGAAAUGGAUACAGUCGUCAUGAAAUGAGUACCUACCUUCUGCCUGUGGUUAUUUCUGACUAUGGCUACCCCAUCCAGAGCAGCACUGGCACCCUUACUAUUCGUGUCUGCGCCUGUGACCACAGGGGAAAUAUGCAGUCCUGCACAGCUGAAGCACUAAUCCAUCCCACUGGCUUGAGCACAGGAGCACUAAUUGCUAUUCUUCUUUGCAUCAUUAUAUUGUUAGUGACAGUGGUACUAUUUGCAGCCUUAAGACGGCAAAGAAAGAAAGAGCCACUUAUUGUUUCCAAAGAGGACAUCAGAGACAAUAUUGUGAGCUACAAUGAUGAAGGUGGUGGAGAGGAGGAUACUCAGGCCUUUGAUAUCGGUACACUAAGGAAUCCAGAAGUCAUAGAGGACAGCAAAUUGCGCAGAGAUAUUGUGCCAGAAACACUCUUUUUUCCACGUCGAAAUCAAGCAGCGAGAGACAACACAGAUGUCAGAGAUUUCAUUAAUCAAAGGUUAAACGAUAAUGAUAUGGAUCCAACUGCACCCCCCUAUGACUCGUUAGCAACGUAUGCCUAUGAAGGAAAUGGUUCUGUUGCAGAGUCUUUAAGCUCAUUGGAAUCAGUCACAACUGAUGGAGAUCAAGACUAUGAUUACCUCAGUGACUGGGGACCUCGGUUUAAAAAACUUGCAGAUAUGUAUGGUGGUGCAGACAGUGACAAAGACUCAUAAUAUAUUGCUUUUUUGAUUUUUCAAAAUCGGAGGAACAAAACAGCAUUUAAAAAUGAGGAGUAUCUAUACCUAUGGCUCUUGAACUGGGCCAUCUGCGCUACCAUUUGUUUAAAAUUUGAAAAAAAAGUGCAGAUUUCAUGUCAGAUACUUUUUAUAGUCAAUUUAUGAGCUUCCAAGAGGAAUUUUUUUCUGUUGUUGCUUUGCUUUUUUAUAUUACCACAUUUUAACCUACCCUUUUUAUCUAAUCAGUCUUAUAGACGCUGUAGGGAAAGGGGAUCCAAAUGGGAGCAAUAUUUGUACACAGUCUACUCUCAUGAAAUAUUCCAUUUGUUUUAUUUCCUUUGUGCCCAAAUGAUGCUCUUACCUGCUAAAUGUACUCUUAAUAUAAGUAUUACUAUGAUUAUGGUGAGGAAAUGUUAAAAUCUGAAACUCAUGGUUUACAUUGAAUGCCAUUAAAUCACUUGAAGGGACAAUGCUUUCAGUUUAAAUCUGUAUACUUCAGUUUUUGGUAAUCUUGUAUUUGAAUUUGCUGUAAAAAAAAGACAAAAAAAGUAACAUAGAAAAGGUGAAGAAGAUAUUCAGUGCCUGAAACUAUAAUGAGACUCCAUCUAUUCUCAAAACGUCAUUUUGGUAUAUUAAUUGUUGAAGGUGAUGGGUUGGAUAUAAUGAAAGGACUGCCCAGGAGGUCAUUUAUACAAAUGUUUAAGUAUAAUUUUGUUUUUAAUGUGUGUGUAAAGAUGAUAUCAACUGUCCAGUGCAAAAAUUGUGUGAAUUACAAAAUAGGUUGACAUUGCAUAUGUUCAGUCCAUCACUGAGAUUGAAAAACAGACGUCUGUAUUGGAAUUCUUUUAAAGAUUGCAAUCAUGCUGUCAAAAGUUUCACUGUAAACAAGGCCAGAAAGACGUGCAAAAUGGACAAGGACUUGAAAUAAGUGAAACCAUAGGACACCGAUAUGUGCAAGUAACACAUGCCAAAAUAUGACUGCAUUUUCUGUAACAUUGAAGUGAAUGGUAUGACAAAUCUUUUGGACAGGUUAAUUCUUACAUUUUAACUAGGGGUACAACUAUUUUUAUUAUCAUGAAGAUGACCAGACAUCUUGUCUACUGAUCAGUGUUAAGUUCAGCCAUUUGGUAUGAUUUCAGUGUAAAUCUUUUUUGUUUUAUUUAAAUAAUGAUAAAAGCAUUGUUUUGAUAUU